UAGACCCUAGCAACGGUAAAUCGCGUUACAGGCAACGGUAAAUGUGUUAAGUGCAGCCAAAGCUCACUAAAACGUUCCAUUACGUGUCAAGCGAACAUCAUUUUGGAGUAAGGUAGAGGAAAGUAUUCUGUUUCAAGAUGACAACUGUAGCUUUUGGUGGGGGUCCCACUGUUGAACAGAGGCGAGCGUUCGCCCAGCUGAAGGAAGGGACUCAAGUGCCAGGUUACCGUGGUUACAUACCUCAGAUCAAGUACCGGGUGGGCCAAACCUACGGUAAUGACACCCACGAUCUGCUCAAAUCGGAUCUGGAGUUCCGCCGCUCCGCCACUAUCAUGGGCCCCUUCCCACAGGAGACGUUGAAGAACGAGCUGCCCGACGCCACAGGGGACAACAAGUACACCAAGAACAUGAUUCCUGGCUAUACAGGAUACAUACCAAGGAUGCCCUUCAAGUUUGGCGGCACAUACAAGGACGACUGUGAUGUGUGUAUAGACAACUAUUUGAGCAACACAAAGAAUCAUGACUUUAAAAUGAGAGACCUCCAGAGACAAAUACGGAGCUACCCUCGUCUAACUGCCAUCUCCCACGACCCCACGGUCCGUGACAAGCUCAACCUGUACAGGGAUACACACCCAACACAGCCCAUGUUACUAGAGGACAAGCGGAGCAUGACGGAGGCGCCGAUGCCAGGGUACCAGGGGUAUGUGCCGCGAAUCAAACCCACAGAGCUGGGACUAGGAUGCCGGUACCACGAGAGCUCCAAGAUGGGAUUCAAUGCAUUUGUACAGGAAACCAAGCGGCAUCAGGAACUCCAUGCCGAUCCCAACUACAAGAUCACAGUGAACAGACCCCCGUCAGGAUCGCGGGCCGCACAGAGUGCCCCGCCCAACUUCAGCCGCCGCCUAUACCUCCAGGACGGCAUGAUCCCCAAGUACACCGGCUAUGUCCCUCAGAGAAGAUAUGCAUUUGGAAAUACAUACGGCGACACGACACGAAGCAUGGAUGUCUGCACACACGGCCAUGACAGCUACGGAACGCAUGUUAAAACUGUACGAUUCUCCACAGCCGUGGCGUAGACUGGCUGAAGUUCUCGAACAUCAUCAUGCAAAGCCAUCAUCAUUGAUUGAACAUAUGAUGCUGAGGUCAACGACAUAUGCCCUUCAUCGACUUUAGCCGCCAUCGACCAAUGCCUAUCGUCAUAAGCUGUAUAUGUCAUAUACCCUGUGUAUCGAGUGAUAUCAAGUCCAUGCCCCAUAAUGACAUAGAGAGUGCUAAAGAUAAUUCUGUGGACUGGCAAAUAUGACGUACCUAAAUAACAAUUAGGGUAAAGAAUGAGGCACUUAAAGUGUAAUCUGCUUUGUUUUGUGAUAAUCAGAACAAUUUUUUAAAAUAAGUUAAAUCAUUACUUUAAAGAAGGUCCUGGUGUAUAGUUAAAAAUAUAUUGACACGUUGACAUAUUUGUUGGUCCACAGGCAAGACUCAGUUUCUGUCAUUUUAUGGACCAUGAAUCAUAAUAAGAUUAUUUAUUUUUGAAAGUUUAAUAAAAUACAUACCAUGAAUCGUGAUAAGAUUAUUUAUUUUUAAAAGUUUUAAUUAUGUAUAUUAAAAGAAUAAGGGCCUGGAAUGUUGAUAAAUUCAUCUUACAAACAUUGACAGAACUAUCAUGUUUGUUGAUCCAUUGGCAGGCGCAGUUUUCUGUCUUGUUGUGCAGACCGUGAAUUCUGUCCCCUGAUAACUGGAACUUCUGUCUCACCGGACACAGUUUAUCGGUAACCGGCCCAACUUACAGUUAAUAUACCAUAAUGUCUUGAUGGCUUUGGCGGUGUGGUAUUGUCGGAGCUGACAAUAAGCACUGUGUCUCAUUGAUCUUUGAUUGGUGUCUGUGAGUGGGUGAUCUUGUCACCUCAGGUGUUUCAACAUGGUGUGCAGAAUUAUGUCCCUUAGAUGACAGGGUCCGCUGAUCAUUGUUCAAAUGACACAAUUAUGAUCCUUGGUCUCCCAGCAUCAGUGGUUUCACGAAAAGGGCGACUGUCGACAACUUGCGCCACUUUGAACUUUCCUCACAAACUGGACAGACAAGUCGUGAUAUAAUAGUCUUCAUGGGGCCAUUCAACCAAACUCACUUGCUCUGUCUGAAAAUAUAACAAAGGAAUUUUUUUUUUUUUUUUUUAAAUUCUUUCUUGAAGAAAUGCUUGAGUGAUGUUGAAUGGAAAACAAAUUUUGAUAUGAUUGAGUUUUCAUAUCUAUCAAAGAACAUCUAUAGGAACUAGCUGUUGUGAUUCAGUUCUUUCCACCAUUUCUUGCUGAUGUGUUGAAGUUGCAGGAGACUCUACAUAAUAAUGUAUUCCCUACAACUUCAAGAGUGUUGAUGAUAAUGUAGGAAGUUUUGUACACAGCGUGAAGGGUCUUUCGGGCUAAAGAGGUCAGUGUUUCUCAGAUCUGAUUCCAUAGGCAAACUAUAUGAUGAAGAUUUGUAGUUUGGAGAUAAGAUUUUGUCACUGAAAGAAGCCACCAUUGUUGUGUUUUGAAUAUCAUAUGUCUAUAUGUGAGUUGUUUACUUCAAGGCAACAGAUAUCUUUACUACAUGGUGGGUAACAAGGGUACACCUUCAUUGUUGAUAACCUGUUUCGAAAACAUGGAAAAAAUAUCUACCUGAUUAAAUCUGCUUGAACUGGUUUGAUCUUUGAUGAUUAUUUUCUUAAACAAUUUCAGCUCCAGCAAGACUUCUUUGUUUUGUAGUACUGUUUCCCUGUAGAAACUACUUUCCUUGAGAGGUAUCUCCAGAUAAUGUCAGUCCCUAUCCCAGUUGGCUCUUGUCAGUCUUCUCUUUACAAAGAGAAGGCUACAAAAUUUGGAAGAUCAGAUAUUUCGAUUCCAUUUAAACAAAUCCUGUCUGAUUUUCCCAGCUAGAGAGUACGAGGUAUUAGCUCCCUGUGGAAGGGAGUCUUGCAGACAUUGGAGAAGAAUCUCAGAAUGUUGUUUCCAGGUAAUCAGUCCAACCAUGAGUUGUUAUGGUAACGGUUAUGUAUUUUCCUGGAGUUAUGUUAAUUGUUAUUGAGUUUCGAGGCAAGGUAGGAAAAUACUAUUUCUGUUAUCCAUCCUUUCCAACUUUAUAAGAUUUCUCUAAAAGAGAAGGCUUGCAUGAUUUUGGAAGGAUAUUUUGUUUUGAAGUUAACCAGUACCAGCAGGUUUAAGUGCCCCCAAAUCUUAUUUUCCAAACUACUUUUUGGUAGAAGUGUGUAAGAUACAUCUUUGUUUUGGAAUAUUUACAAAGAGAACACUAAUGUCCACUUCUAGUUAUGUUCUUAUUUAAGGUCACAAUUCUCAUGUCUUAGAAAUAUUCUACAGUUCUAAUACCUAUUGCAAAUACUGUUUUAUUAGGAACAUAGGAUAUUUCAAAGUCCUUGAUAAAAAGAACAAUUCUUCAUUGAAUAUGAAACUUGCCUAUAACAAUCUACAUGCAUCUAGGACCGACCUCUUCAGCGUUUCUUGCCCUUCUAAGAGCAGCAGGAAGUGGGUCAACACAAGUGAGAUGGAACUAUGGAUAGUCCGAAUUAGACAGUUACAAUCAGAGAAUCUGACUUAGACCCAAUGUUUCUUUUGCAGGCACUAUUAGCAUAUAUUUUGAUGUAAGAAAAUAUACAAUAAAAGGACUUACAGUUCAAUGUCACAUUUUCAGACAUAUCUAUGUAGGUAUUUUAUUGGAAGAAAAAUUACAUUUAAAAAAAAAUCCAUAUGUUCUUUGUUGCAUUUUUAGACAUAGCAACUGUGACUAGGUCCAUGACUUUCUAGACAAGGACUAGAUACAUGUAUAUCUAAAGCUAGACGAUUUGGAUGAUAAGAACAUUACAGAUUAAAAUGCUUUCCUAAAAAUACUAUUCCAUCAAGAGUUUUCUAAUUGUGUAUUUGAAAUUCUGUAAAUUUAAUUAAAAAUACCAAUAUCUAGAAAAUUAUAUUUCAAAGAAAUAUAUUUCAAAACAAUUGAUUAAUUUCACCAAGAAAAAAAUUACUCUUUUAAAAAGUUUUUAUAUACUACUCAAAAGAUGUUAAAGGGCAGUUUAAGUAUAGUCACGGACCUAUACAAGUCUGUGGUAUAGUCAUAUGAAAAAAUUGGUAUACUUACAAUGUUUGGCAUUAUCAAAAAUGUAUGUGAAACAGUUUCUCUCCCAGCAGCAUCGUCACAUACAGACUUGAAGUCUGUGAAAGCAUCAAGUCAAUAACUGUCAAUUCCCAGGCUGUAUAUUCUUGUACUGCAUAUUUAUACACCAUGUAUUGCCUUCCAGUAUUAACCAGUGGCUUUUACGACUGGCAUUUGUCCUUUCUGCUCAUUUCAUUGGCUGUGACGACUUGCGA